AGGAUUUUUGUUAUUUUUUCCUGAUCGAUUCAUACUAAAAUUUUUAGAAAUUUCACAGUGUUGGGAUUGUAACAACAAUAGCACGUGUUUUGUGCGAUUGAACAGUUUCAUUUGAAAUUCAAGCUAUAAUUUAAGUUACAUCUGCAUAACAGUUGAGAUAUGUCAGUCUGUUGCCUGAUAUUAGAAGAUGGAACCAUAUUGCAAGGAAAUAGUUUUGGUGCUGAACUGGCGGUUGACGGUGAAGUUGUUUUCCAAACUGGCAUGGUGGGUUAUGCGGAAUCCUUAACAGAUCCAUCCUACAAAUCACAGAUACUUGUUCUUACAUAUCCAUUGAUUGGAAAUUAUGGCAUUCCUGACGAUGAGAAAGAUGGACUUGGUUUACCACGAUUUUUUGAAUCGAGCACUAUUUGGGCCUCAGCCUUAGUAGUGGAUGAAAUUUGUUUUAAUCCAAGUCAUUGGCGCAGUACAAAAACUUUAUCAGACUGGAUGAAGGCUCAAAACAUUCCUGGAAUAUGUAAUAUUGAUACUCGUGCGCUUACUAAACAUAUCAGGUCCAAAGGUUCCGUUUUGGGACGUAUUGUACAAGGAGUUUUGCCUGGACCAACAGCCCCAUUUAGUGAUCCUAAUGUUAGAAACCUUGUUGCAGAUGUUUCUACAAAGGCUCCUACUAGUUACAAUCCUAAUGGUUCUUUAGUUAUCUGUGCAGUAGAUUGUGGCUUGAAAUAUAAUCAAAUUAGAUGUCUAGUUGCUCGUGGAGCUCGAGUUGAUGUAGUUCCAUGGAAUGCUCAUCUGAAUGCAGCUAGUUAUGAUGGUCUUUUUCUCAGUAAUGGACCUGGUGAUCCAAAAAUUUGUAAUACCACUGUUAAUAAUAUCAGGAAAGUGAUGAAUGGUCCUGUACCCAUUCCUGCAAAGCCCAUUUUUGGUAUUUGUUUGGGCCAUCAGCUUUUAGCCUCAGCAGCUGGUGCUAAGACGUAUAAAAUGCAUUAUGGUAAUCGUGGUCAUAAUCAACCUUGUAUUCAUAAUGACACAAGGUGCUGUUUUAUGACUACUCAAAAUCAUGGUUAUGCCGUGGAUGAGGAUAGCUUACCAUCGGAUUGGGUACCUCUUUUUACAAAUGCUAAUGACAAAAGUAAUGAAGGAAUUGUACAUAAGUCGAAGCCAUUUUUCAGUGUUCAAUUUCACCCCGAGCACACUGCUGGCCCAGAAGAUUUAGAAUGCUUGUUUGAUAUAUUUUUACAAGCUGUUAAGGAUCAUAGAGAUUCUAGUAGUGAAACAACAAUUCGUGAUAUGAUAACUAGAGCUUUAAGCUAUAAGAGCAUAUACUCCAUAGAAACAAAACCUAAAAAAGUUCUGAUACUUGGCUCUGGAGGGUUGAGUAUAGGACAGGCAGGUGAAUUUGAUUAUUCAGGCUCACAGGCUAUAAAAGCUUUGAAGGAAGAGAAGAUACAAACCGUUUUGAUCAAUCCCAAUAUUGCCACUGUGCAAACUUCACCUGGACUUGCUGAUAAAAUAUACUUUUUGCCAUUGACUCCUGAAUAUGUUGAACAGGUAAUUAAAGCAGAACGCCCUAGUGGCAUUCUGUUAACAUUUGGUGGUCAAACUGCUUUAAAUUGUGGAGUAAAAUUAGAGCAAGAUGGAGUUUUUAAAACGUAUGGAGUUAAAAUACUAGGAACUCCAAUUCAAUCAAUAAUUGAUACAGAAGAUCGUAAAAUAUUUGCAGAAAAAAUAAAUGAAAUUGGGGAGCAAGUGGCUCCUAGUGCUGCAGUUUAUUGUAUUCAGGAAGCUAUAGAGGCAGCUGAUAAAAUUGGCUAUCCAGUUAUGGCACGAGCGGCUUUUAGCUUGGGAGGGUUGGGUUCAGGUUUUGCUAAUAAUAAGGACGAACUCAAAGUACUUGCUCAAAAUGCUUUUGCACAUUCCAAUCAGCUAAUAAUAGAUAAAUCCCUUAAGGGAUGGAAAGAGGUGGAGUAUGAAGUUGUUAGAGAUGCUUUUAAUAAUUGCAUUACAGUGUGCAACAUGGAAAAUGUAGAUCCACUAGGAAUUCACACAGGAGAAUCAAUUGUAGUUGCUCCAAGUCAAACUUUAUCUAAUCGUGAAUAUAACAUGCUACGAACAACAGCUAUUAAGGUAAUUCGACAUCUUGGAGUGGUUGGAGAAUGCAAUAUACAGUACGCUCUCAAUCCUCACUCAGAAGAGUAUUAUAUUAUAGAAGUAAACGCUAGGUUAUCCAGGAGCUCAGCUCUCGCAAGUAAGGCUACUGGCUACCCUUUAGCGUAUGUUGCUGCAAAAUUAUCAUUGGGUGUAUCACUGUUAGAUAUUAAAAAUUCUGUCACUGGUGAAACAACUGCCUGCUUCGAGCCAAGUCUGGAUUACUGUGUAGUUAAGAUUCCCCGAUGGGAUUUAAGUAAGUUUAAUCGUGUUAGUACAAAAAUUGGAAGCUCCAUGAAAAGUGUUGGUGAGGUAAUGGCGGUUGGAAGAAAAUUUGAGGAAGCUUUUCAGAAAGCAUUACGCAUGGUGGACGAAAAUGUGACAGGAUUUGAUCCUUACAUGCAACAAUUGAAUGAUGAAGUCCUUACCGCACCUACAGAUAAACGUAUGUAUAUAGUAGCAGCAUCAUUAAAAGCAGGCUAUUCUGUUGAGAAAUUACAUAAUUUGACAAAAAUAGAUAAAUGGUUUUUGCAAAAAAUGAAGAAUAUCAUUGAGUAUUUAACUUUCAUGGAGGGUUUAAAAACUGAUAGUUUAACUAAAGACUUAUUACUGAAAGCUAAAUGUUUAGGAUUCAGUGACAAACAAAUUGCAAAUGCCAUACAGAGUACUGAACUUGCUGUGCGCCAAUUACGCCAAGAGAAGGGUGUAACGCCAUUUGUUAAACAGAUUGACACAGUAGCAGCUGAGUGGCCUGCUACUACUAAUUACUUGUAUCUCACAUAUAAUGGCAAAUCACAUGAUGUGGAAUUUAUUGGUGAUUAUACUAUGGUGAUAGGAUCUGGUGUAUAUCGUAUUGGAAGUUCAGUAGAAUUUGAUUGGUGUGCUGUAGGCUGCUUGCGAGAAUUGAGAAAUUUAGGUCAGAAAACUAUUAUGGUCAAUUAUAAUCCUGAAACAGUUAGUACAGAUUAUGAUAUGUGCGACCGCCUGUAUUUUGAAGAAAUAUCUUUUGAGGUGGUUAUGGAUAUUUAUGAUGUUGAAAAUCCCUUUGGUGUCAUUUUAUCGAUGGGCGGACAACUUCCAAAUAAUAUUGCUAUGGAUUUGCACAGACAACAGGCUCGUGUCUUAGGUACCUCUCCAGAGUCUGUCGAUGGUGCCGAAAAUCGCUUUAAAUUUUCUCGUAUGUUAGAUAGACGAGGUAUUUUGCAGCCUAGAUGGAAAGAGCUUACUGAUUUAGAGUCUGCCAUGUCAUUUUGCGAUGAAGUGGGUUAUCCUUGCUUGGUUAGGCCAUCAUAUGUAUUAAGUGGUGCUGCUAUGAACGUUGCGCAUUCUCAUCAAGACUUGGAAACGUAUUUAAAUGCAGCCAGUGAAGUAAGCAAGGAGCAUCCAGUUGUAAUAUCUAAAUUUUUAUUAGAAGCAAAAGAAAUAGAUGUCGAUGCAGUAGCUGCUGAAGGUGAGAUUUUAUGUAUGGCAGUAUCAGAGCAUGUCGAAAAUGCUGGAGUGCAUUCUGGUGAUGCAACAUUAGUUACACCUCCUCAAGACAUAAACCCUGAGACAUUGGAAAAGAUAAAAGAAAUAUCACGUGAUAUUGCUGCUCUUCUAGAUGUUACAGGACCAUUCAAUAUGCAGUUAAUUGCAAAGGAUAAUGAUCUAAAAGUUAUUGAGUGCAACGUUCGUGUUUCUCGGUCAUUUCCUUUCGUUUCAAAAACUUUAAAUCAUGAUUUUGUUGCCAUGGCUACGAGAGUUAUUGUUGGUUUGCCAGUCGAACCAGUUGAAGUACUACAUGGCUGUGGAAAAGUUGGAGUUAAAGUGCCUCAGUUUUCGUUUUCAAGGCUUGCUGGUGCUGACAUGCUUCUUGGUGUGGAAAUGGCUUCUACGGGUGAGGUUGCUUGUUUUGGUGACAAUCGUUAUGAGGCUUAUCUCAAAGCUAUGAUCAGCACAGGAUUCAACGUUCCUCAGAAAUCUAUAUUGCUUUCUAUUGGAAGUUUUAAGCACAAACUUGAGCUACUGCCUUCUAUUAGAGCAUUGCAAAAAAUGGGAUUUAAGUUAUAUGCAAGUUUAGGAACAGGAGAUUUUUACAAUGAGCAUGGAGUCGAUGUAGAAUCAGUUCAAUGGACAUUUGACGCAUUAGAUGAUCUCACCAGUCAGGGAGAGCUCAAACACUUAGCCGAAUUUCUAGCUAAUAAACAUUUUGAUUUAAUAAUUAAUUUGCCAAUGCGAAAUGGAGGAGCGAGGCGUGUUUCUUCUUUCAUGACUCACGGUUAUCGUACAAGAAGACUAGCUGUUGACUAUUCUAUUCCACUGAUAACCGAUGUUAAAUGUACCAAGCUUUUUGUUGAGGCGCUAAGACUUAUUGGAAGGACUCCACCAAUUAUGAAGACCCACACAGAUUGUAUGACAUCGCGUAGAAUUGUAAAGUUGCCAGGCUUUAUAGAUGUACAUGCCCAUUUGCGAGUACCUGGUGCUCCACAUAAGGAAGACUUUGCUAGUGGCACCGCCGCUGCCCUGGCAGGUGGUAUUACCCUUGUUUGUGCUAUGCCUAACACGGAUCCCGCCAUAGUAAAUGCCGAAAAUUUCAACAUCGCUUUGGAACUUGCGCGCCAGGAUGCUCGCUGUGACUACGCAUUAUUCGUCGGUGCGGCCCAUGAUAACUUUUCCACGCUGCAUGAACUUGCCCCCGCUGCCGCUGCUCUAAAAAUGUACUUGAAUCACACAUACGGUACUCUACACUUGCCUAAUAUGACGAUUUGGCACAAACAUAUGGCAGCGUGGCCUCGAAAAUAUCCACUCUGUGUUCAUGCUGAAUCACAAACUACUGCUGCAGUUUUAUUCUUGGCACAUGUGCUAGACCGUCCUGUGCAUAUCUGCCACGUGGCGCGGAAGGAAGAAAUUUUGGCGAUACGUCAAGCCAAAGAGAGAGGAAUUAAGGUUACUUGUGAAGUGUGCCCGCAUCAUCUCUUUCUUAGCACUGACGAUUUGCAACGCAUAGGCUAUAAAGAAAGUGAAGUCAGGCCUGUUUUGUGCUCGCCUGAAGACCAAGAAGCAUUGUGGGACAACAUGAAUAUAAUAGACGUAUUUGCUACUGAUCAUGCUCCACACAUUCUGGAGGAGAAACGAUCUGAAAAGGCGCCUCCUGGUUUUCCCGGGUUAGAAACUAUUCUGCCUCUUCUGCUAAAUGCUGUUCACGAAGGCAGACUCACGUUAGAUGACAUCAUCAACAAAUUUCACAAAAAUCCAAAACGUAUUUUUAACUUGCCCGAUCAACCUGAUACUUACGUCGAAGUCGAUUUAGAUGAUGAUUGGGUGAUUCCGAAUGCAAUGGCUUACAGUAAAGCAGGGUGGACGCCAUUUUCAGGAAUGCAGGUACGAGGAUCAGUUCAUCGUGUGGUUUUACGCGGUGAAAUUGCAUAUGUUGAAGGUCAAGUUUUAUUGCAACCUGGAUUUGGUCAAAACGUUCGUGAAUGGAGACAAAAGAAAAUUCCGAUUGUUGAAACAACAAAAGUUUUAUCUCCAGAAUUGCCGACCGAAGUAAUUCGUGCGGGUGAUUGGGAAAGCGAAAAUCGGACAAACGAAAUGUUUACCAAAUUGUUGAAUAAUGAAAGUAAUGCUAAAUUAGGUGUGCAUUUUGCUUCAGAAAAUGCAGCGCUGAGAACUUUAUCACCCGUUUCAUUCAUGCCACGCCAGAGGUGCGACAGUGGAACAUUUAUUCGUGAAGCUAGCACUAGUCAUGCAUUGUUUGGUAAACAUAUUCUCACUGUAGACAUGUUCAACAAAGAACAAUUAAAUGAUAUUUUCAAUUUGGCUGAAAAUAUCAAAGCUCGCGUUGUCAAAGAUCGACCAGUAGAUGAAAUUUUGCGCGGUAAGGUAAUGGCUUCUAUCUUUUAUGAAGUGAGUACUCGUACCAGCUGCAGCUUUGCUGCUGCAAUGCAGAGGCUCGGAGGCCGAGUGAUCCAUAUAGAUGAAACUAGCUCAUCUGCUAAGAAAGGCGAAACUCUAGAAGAUUCUGUUUCUGUCAUGGCUGGUUACUCGGAUGUAAUUGUACUUCGCCAUCCAGAACCAGGAGCAGUAGCUAAAGUGGCUGCGCACUGUAGAAAGCCAUUAAUAAAUGCUGGCGAUGGAGUUGGCGAACAUCCAACUCAAGCGUUGCUUGAUAUAUUUACUAUUCGUGAAGAAAUUGGUACCGUUAAUGGUUUGACUAUAACUAUGGUCGGCGACUUGAAAAAUGGUCGUACUGUACACUCAUUGGCUCGUUUGUUGACGUUAUACAAUAUUCAAUUACGCUACGUCAGUCCGAAGGGUCUUGGAAUGCCUAAGCAUAUUGUACAAUAUGUUGAUUCAAAAGGAAUUCCACAGAGAAUUUGUGAAACGCUGGAAGAAGUUUUGCCUGAUACACAUGUAUUAUAUAUGACUCGGAUACAAAGGGAGAGAUUUGAAUCAGUGGAGGAAUAUGAGCAGGCUUGUGGAGAAUUUGUCGUAACACCUCAGCUAAUGACCAAGGCUAAGAAACGUAUGAUUGUAAUGCAUCCGCUUCCAAGAGUGUUUGAAAUUUCCAAGGAGUUUGAUUCUGAUCCUAGAGCUGCUUACUUCAGACAAGCUGAAUAUGGAAUGUAUAUCAGAAUGGCAUUAUUAGCCAUGGUUUUGGGUAGAUAUUAAUUUGUUUAAAAUUAAAAUAUGCUUAGUCUAUAAAUUAGACUUUUGUAUAUAUUUUCGUCACUUUUGUACGUUGUUUGAAUGCAUUUGCAAUGAAAGCAAACGCGAAGCGGUGAUCAGAUCACGUUUAAUUUUUUUUUUUAUUUUGAGAAACUCCAUCACAACUUACUAUUUAUUUUAUUCUUACAAGAUAAGAUGUGUAAUGAAACUCCAGACGUGUAUUGUUUUCUGCGCUAUGAAAUGUUUUUGAAAUACCUUUUUUAAAAUGUAUAAUUAGUGUAAUUGUUUUAAAUUAGUUUUAAUAUUUUUGUAAUUUCUAA